AAAGCCAGGGUAUUUAGACAACAGGUCAAUCAACAAAUAUUUACUGAGCGCCUAUGUGCCAGGUGCUCUGCUAAGUGCUGGAAAUUUAGCAGUGAAUACAGAGAUGUGCCUGAUGUUAUGAAGAUGACAUUCCUGGACGGGUCAAUACAUUUUGGAAGGAAUAAGUGAAUGAAAGAAAAAAAAAAUGAAAGCUCUUAUUCAUUAAUAAAUUUUCAGGUGAGGAGCGACAGGAGAGGAGUGUUUUAGUUGAACACAAAGAAAUCUCACUUUUUCUGUAAAAAAAUAAUUCAAAUCCGUACAACUAGAAGCAACCUCAAACAUGAGUUCAGGCCUUGGGUGUUGAGAGUCCCAGAUGCAGAUUUAAUUAUCCUUAGGUGACACCUGUUAUCUGCAAGUUCAGAUGUUCAUGCAGGAUAAAGACGUGCGUUUCUGUUUCUGGUCUUGGUUUUCGGCUUCCGCAGGCUUCAGCGCCAGCAUCCCGCUAACCCGCUCCGCACGCGAACUCAGAAGAGCCCCGACGCUUCAGGGACCGCACUUCCCGCUCCGGCCCGCAUGGCGGACAAGAAACUGGUGGUGGUGUUUGGAGCCACAGGGAAAGCUGCUGGCCGAUGUGGCCAAGCGCCUGGGCCUUCGCUACGUGGUCUACAGUGGCUUGGAGAACAUCAGGAAGCUAACGGCUGGGAGGCUGGCAGCAGGCCACUUUGACGGCAAAGGGGAGGUGGAGGAAUAUUUCCGGGACAUCGGAGUUCCCAUGACCAGCGUGCGGCUGGCCUGCUAUUUUGAGAACCUGCUCUCCUACUUCCUGCCCCAGAAAGCUCCGGAUGGAAAGAGCUAUUUGCUGAGCUUGCCCAUGGGUGAUGUGCCCAUGGACGGCAUAUCUGUGACCGACCUGGGUCCCGUGGUGCUAAGCCUGCUGAAGAUGCCAGAAGAAUACAUCGGCCGGAACAUCGGGCUCAGUACCUGCAGGCACACAGCGGAAGAGUAUGCCGCCCUGCUCUCCAAGCACACCGGCAAGGCCGUGCGCAGUGCCAAGACGACCCCAGAGGACUACGAGAAGUAUGACUUCCCUGGCGCCCGAGACCUUGCCAACAUGUUCCGUUUCUAUGCCCUGAAACCUGACCGUGACAUUGAACUGACCCUGAGACUCAACCCCAAGGCCAAGACACUGGACCAGUGGCUGGAGCAGCACAAAGGGGACUUUGCUGGGCUCUGACCCUGCCAUCUCUCAGCCCCGUCUGGGGGCACAGGAGAUACAGUCACAGUGAUCCGUUCUCGUGUUGCAAAAAGUUAUUUUUUUAAAUAAAGGCCAUUGUUUUCACA